UGGGGGGGCAAGCCGAGCAUGGCGGCUCAUAAGCCGGUGGAAUGGGUUCAAGCCGUCGUAACACGUUUCGAUGAGCAGCUUCCAAUUAAAGGUGGGCAGCAGAAUACACACUCCAAAGUUAGCACCGAACACAACAAGGAAUGUCUCAUCAAUAUUUCCAAGUACAAGUUUUCCUUGGUCAUAAGUGGUCUCACCACUAUCUUGAAAAAUGUAAAUAACAUGCGAAUAUUUGGAGCAGAAGCUGAGAGGAACCUGUAUCUUUCACAACUAAUCAUAUUGGAUACAUUGGAGAAAUGUCUUGCUGGACAACCUAAGGAUACAAUGCGGCUUGAUGAGACAAUGCUUGUAAAACAGCUACUCCCAGAAAUUUGUCAAUUCAUCCACAUGUCCCGUGAAGGAAACCAGCUUGUAGCACAGCUCCGCAAUUCUGCUUCCGGGGUACUCUUCUCUUUGAGCUGCAAUAAUUUCAAUGCUGUCUUCAGUCGAGUCUCCACCAGGUUACAAGAAUUGGCUAUGUGUUCAGAAGACAGUACAGAUGUCAACGACAUAGAAUUGAUACAACACAUCAAUGUGGAUUGUGCAAGACUCAAGCGAUUGUUGCAAGAGACAGUAUUUAAAUUCAAAUCACUGAAAAAGGCAGCUCAGUUGGCGGUCAUAAGCAGUCUUGAAAAGGCAUUUUGGAAUUGGGUGGAAAACUAUCCAGAUGAGUUUACUGUGCUGUAUCAGAUACCCCAGCGUGACCUGGCAGAUUGUUCGGAGAAGCUCUUUGACCUUGUGGAUAGCUUCGCUGAAAAUGCCAAACGGAAAGCAGCGGUCUGGCCUUUGCAGAUAAUCCUCCUUAUCCUCUCUCCUGAUGUUCUGCAGGACAUCUCUAAGGAAGUGGUUGAAGAAAGCAAAGUGAACAAGAAGUUAUUCUUGGAUAACUUGAAGAAAGCUCUGGCUGGUCAUAGUGGUAGUCGGCAGCUAACGGAGAGUGCUGCUAUAGCUUGUGUUAAACUUUGCAAGGCAUCUACGUACAUCAGCUGGGAGGACAACUCUGUCAUCUGCUUUCAGGUUCAGUCCAUGGUUGUAGAUCUAAAGGCCCUGUUGUUUAAUCCUAGCAAGCCUUUCUCCAGAGGUGCUGGCAGCCAAAGUGCAGAUGUGGACCUCAUGAUAGACUGUUUUGUUUCCUGUUUUCGUAUCAACCCUCAUAAUAAUAAUCAUUUCAAGGUCUGUUUGGCUUCUUCCUCUCCUCCAACCUUUCACUAUGUGUUGGUUAAUUCACUGCACAGAAUUAUUACUAAUUCUGCAGUGGAUUGGUGGCCUAAGAUCGAUGCUGUGUACUGUUACUCAGGCGAACUUAGAGGCAUGUUAGCGGAAACUUUGAAUCGGGUGAUGCAGAGCUGCAGCACGCACGCUCCCUUGCGUAUGACAUCGAGCCUUACAUUCAAGGAAAAAAUGACCAAUCUUAAAUUUAAAGAAAAACCAACAGACUCAGAAACUCGAAGUUAUAAACUUUUGUUGUUGGCCAUUGUGAAAUUAAUUCAUGGAGACCCAAAGCUUAUGUUACAUAAUCCAGGGAAACUUGGGCAUGAAAUUCAGAGCAGCACUGCUGAGUUGAUAACUGGUCUGGUUCAACUGGUUCCUCAGAUGAGCAUGCCUGAGAUAGCACAGGAAGCCAUGGAGGCCUUGUUGGUUCUUCACCAACCAGAAAAUAUAGAGUUAUGGAAUCCAGAUGCACCAAUAGAAACCUUCUGGGAUAUAAGCUCUCAGGUUCUGUUUUUCAUCUGUAAGAAAUUGAUCGCUCAUCAGAUGCUGAACAGCACAGAGAUUCUUAAGUGGUUGCGGGAAAUUCUAAUCUGUCGGAAUAAGUUCCUGCUGAAGAAUAAGGAGAAUGCCACACUCGGCAGCGGAAUUCCCAUUUGUCGUCAAGCACAGACAAAGCUUGAGGUGGCACUCUAUAUGUUCCUGUGGAGUCCAGAUAUUGAAGCUGUCCUUGUGUCCAUGUCAUGUUUUCGGCAUCUCUGUGAGGAAGCUGAUAUCAGGUGUGGAGUUGAUGAUGUGCCUGUCCAGAGCAUCCUGCCAAAUUAUAAUACAUUCAUGGAGUUUGCUUCAGUCAGCAACAUGAUGUCAACGGGGCGAGCAGCUCUUCAGAAACGGGUGAUGGCAUUACUGAGGAGGAUAGAACAUCCAACAGCAGGAAACACGGAGGCCUGGGAAGACACUUAUACAAAGUGGGACCAUGCCACCAAAUUAAUUCUCAAUUACCCUAAAACUAAAAUUGAGGAUGGGCAGGUAACUGAAAGCCUUCAUAAGACAAUUGUGAAGCGCCGGAUGUCACACGUAAGUGGGGGUGGCUCGAUAGACUUGGCGGACACCGAUUCUCUUCAGGAAUGGAUUAACAUGACUGGCUUCUUGUGUGCAAUAGGAGGUGUAUGUCUCCAGCAUCGCAUUAAUCCAAACUUGGUAACAUAUAGCCCUCCCAUGGGGCCAAUCACGGAAAGGAAAGGUUCCAUGAUAUCCAUGGUCUCAACUGAAGGAAAUGCAGAGACUCCAGUCAGCAAAUUUUUAGAGCGAUUGCUCACACUGAUGGUGUGCAGUCACGAAAAAGUAGGGCUGCAGAUUAGGACUAAUAUUAAAGACUUGGUUGGACUGGAGCUAAGCCCUGUACUUUACCCAAUGCUCUUCAAUAAGCUGAAAAAUUGCAUCAGCAGGUUUUUUGACUUGCAAGGGCAGGUUUUAUUGAAUGAUACCAACACACCAUUUGUGGAGCAAACUAUAGCAAUCAUGAAGAACCUGCUGGAUAAUCACACUGAUGGCAGUUCAGAGCACCUGGGGCAGGCCAGCAUUGAGACCAUGAUGCUAAAUUUAGUUAGAUAUGUGCGUGUUCUUGGGAACACGGUCCAUGCGAUUCAGAUUAAAACCAAGCUCUGUCAACUGGUAGAGGUAAUGAUGGAAAGGCGAGAUGAUCUCUCCUUCUGUCAAGAAAUGAAAUUUAGGAAUAAGAUGGUAGAGUACCUGACUGAUUGGAUUAUGGGAACAUCAAACCAGGCUGCGGUUGAUGAUGUGAAAUGCUUAACAAGAGACCUUGAUCAGGCAAGCAUGGAGGCAGUGGUAUCAUUGCUUGCUGGGUUACCUUUGCAGCCAGAAGAGGGGGAUGGCGUUGAACUAAUGGAAGCUAAAUCACAACUGUUCCUCAAGUAUUUUACUCUGUUCAUGAAUUUGCUAAAUGACUGCAGUGAAGUGGAGGAGGAAACAUCACAAACAGGUGGGAGAAAGCGAGGGAUGUCACGUCGCCUUGCAUCACUCAGGCACUGCACUGUUCUUGCCAUGUCCAACCUCCUCAAUGCAAAUGUGGACAGUGGGCUUAUGCACUCCAUAGGCUUGGGAUACCAUAAAGAUCUUCAAACAAGAGCCACGUUCAUGGAAGUGCUAACUAAAAUUCUUCAGCAGGGAACAGAGUUUGACACACUUGCAGAAACUGUACUGGCAGAUCGGUUUGAAAGACUUGUGGAAUUGGUCACCAUGAUGGGGGAUCAGGGAGAGUUGCCCAUUGCAAUGGCUCUAGCUAAUGUGGUGCCUUGUUCUCAGUGGACUUCCAUUGGGCCAGUCACAAAUCUCAACCAACAGGAUGAGCUUGCUCGAGUGCUAGUGACGUUGUUUGACUCGCGUCAUUUGCUCUAUCAGUUGCUUUGGAACAUGUUCUCUAAAGAGGUUGAGCUAGCAGAUUCCAUGCAGACCCUCUUUAGAGGCAACAGCCUUGCAAGUAAAAUAAUGACUUUCUGUUUUAAGGUCUAUGGUGCUACAUAUCUGCAGAAGCUGCUUGAGCCAUUGUUAAAAACUGUUCUUAAGGACCCUGAGAAACAGCACCUUAGCUUUGAGGUUGAUCCCACCAGGUUGGAACCAAAUGAAAGCCUGGAUGAAAAUCAGCGGAAUCUACUGCAAAUGACAGAGAGAUUUUUCCAUGCAAUUAUUAAUUCCUCAUCCGAGUUCCCACCACAGCUGCGAAGCGUCUGCCAUUGCUUGUAUCAGGCUACUUGCCAUUCUCUACUGACUAAAUCUACAGUAAAAGAAAAAAAGGAAAACAUGAAAAAAUCAGUUGUCAGCCAGCGUUUUCCCCAGAACAGUAUAGGUGCAGUGGGAAGUGCUAUGUUUUUAAGGUUCAUCAACCCUGCAAUAGUUUCUCCCUAUGAAGCAGGGAUCCUCGAUAAGAAACCUCCACCUAGAAUUGAACGGGGAUUGAAGUUGAUGUCCAAGAUUCUGCAAAGUAUUGCAAAUCAUGUCCUGUUUACAAAGGAGGAACAUAUGAGGCCAUUCAACGAUUUUGUGAAAAACAAUUUUGAUGCGGCCCGAAGGUUUUUUCUGGACAUAGCUUCUGACUGCCCAGCCAGUGACACAGUCAAUCACAGCCUAUCGUUCAUCAGUGAUGGCAAUGUUCUCGCUUUGCACAGGUUACUGUGGAAUAACCAGGAGAAAAUUGGGCAGUACCUCUCCAGUAACAGGGACCACAAAGCUGUUGGGAGAAGACCAUUUGACAAAAUGGCUACUUUGUUAGCUUACCUGGGACCACCUGAGCACAAGCCUGUAGCUGACACUCACUGGUCUAGCCUCAACCUCACCAGCUCCAAGUUUGAGGAAUUCAUGACGAGGCAUCAGGUACAUGAAAAGGAGGAGUUCAAGGCUUUAAAAACGCUGAACAUUUUUUACCAAGCGGGAACAUCAAAAACAGGGAAUCCAGUGUUCUACUACAUCGCAAGAAGAUUCAAGACUGGACAGAUAAAUGGUGAUUUGCUCAUUUAUCAUGUGCUACUAACUCUGAAGCCAUAUUAUGCCAAGCCAUAUGAGAUUGUUGUGGACCUUACCCAUGCAGGACCAAGCAAUCGAUUCAAAACAGACUUCCUCUCUAAAUGGUUUGUUGUUUUUCCUGGAGCUGCCUACGAGAAUGUGGCUGCUGUCUAUAUUUACAACUGUAACUCUUGGGUCAGAGAAUAUACAAAAUAUCAUGAGCGGCUUCUAACUGGACUUAAGGGAAGCAAAAAGCUGAUCUUCAUUGACUCACCUGGGAAACUUGUGGAACAUAUUGAACCAGACCACCAGAAGCUACCUGCUGCCACUCUCGCUCUAGAAGAGGACCUGAAAGUGUUUCAUAAUGCUCUAAAGUUGGCUCAUAAGGACACUAAAGUCUCUAUUAAGGUGGGAUCCACAGCAGUUCAGGUGACAUCGGCAGAACGGACGCGUGUUCUUGGCCAGUCUGUGUUUCUGAACGACAUUUACUAUGCUUCAGAAAUUGAAGAAAUCUGCCUAGUAGAUGAAAGUCAGUUCACUUUAACUAUUGCCAAUCAAGGCACACCACUAACAUUCAUGCAACAAGAAUGUGAGGCAAUAGUGCAAUCUAUUAUCCACAUAAGGACACGUUGGGAGUUGUCUCAACCAGAUUCUAUUCCACAGCAUACUAAAAUACGACCGAAGGAUGUUCCAGGAACUCUGCUGAACAUAGCACUUCUGAAUCUUGGAAGCUCAGAUCCAAGUUUACGGUCUGCUGCCUAUAAUCUCCUGUGUGCCUUAACAUGUACCUUCAAUCUGAAGAUUGAAGGUCAGUUGCUGGAGACAUCUGGACUGUGUAUCCCAGCAAACAACACAUUGUUCAUUGUCUCGAUCAGUAAAACCUUGGCAGCGAAUGAGCCUCAUCUGACACUGGAAUUCCUUGAAGAAUGCAUCUCAGGAUUCAGCAAAUCCAGUAUUGAACUGAAACAUCUUUGCCUGGAAUACAUGACACCCUGGUUAUCAAACCUGGUUCGCUUCUGCAAGCACAAUGAUGAUGCCAAACGUCAACGGGUUACUGCCAUCCUCGAUAAAUUGAUCACAAUGACCAUUAACGAGAAGCAGAUGUACCCUUCUAUCCAAGCAAAGAUCUGGGGCAGCCUCGGUCAGAUCACAGACUUGCUUGAUGUAGUACUCGACAGUUUCAUAAAGACCAGUGCUACCGGUGGUUUGGGCUCUAUCAAAGCAGAGGUCAUGGCAGAUACUGCAGUCGCCCUGGCAUCAGGAAAUGUGAAACUUGUUUCAAGCAAGGUGAUUGGAAGAAUGUGCAAAAUAAUUGAUAAGACCUGCCUCUCUCCAACUCCUACUCUUGAACAGCACCUGAUGUGGGAUGAUAUUGCCAUCCUAGCCCGUUACAUGCUGAUGUUGUCUUUCAACAAUUCGCUCGAUGUGGCCGCACAUCUCCCCUACCUCUUCCACGUGGUUACUUUAUUAGUAGCCACUGGACCUCUGUCCCUUCGGGCUUCCACCCAUGGCUUAGUUAUCAACAUUAUUCAUUCACUGUGCACUUGUUCUCAACUCAAUUUCAGUGAAGAGACUAAACAAGUGCUGCGGCUCAGUCUUACUGAGUUUUCCCUGCCCAAGUUCUACCUACUCUUUGGAAUUAGUAAAGUCAAAUCAGCUGCUGUGAUUGCUUUCCGAUCCAGCUAUCGAGAUCGGUCCUUCUCUCCUGGAUCCUACGAGAGGGAAACCUUUGCUCUUACCUCCCUAGAAACUGUAACUGAAGCUUUGUUAGAAAUAAUGGAGGCCUGUAUGCGAGAUAUACCAACCUGCAAGUGGCUAGACCAAUGGACAGAAUUAGCACAAAAAUUUGCAUUCCAGUACAAUCCAUCUCUUCAACCAAGAGCGCUCGUUGUUUUUGGAUGUAUCAGUAAGCGAGUUACUCAUGGGCAGAUUAAACAGAUCAUUCGAAUCCUAAGCAAGGGCCUGGAGAGUUGCCUCAAAGGUCCGGAUAACCACAACAGCCAGGUUUUGAUAGAAGCAACUGUCAUUGCACUGACCAAGCUCCAACCACUGCUGAAUAAGGACUCCAACAUGCACAAGGCCCUAUUUUGGGUAGCAGUGGCGGUGUUGCAGCUGGAUGAAGUUAAUCUGUACUCGGCUGGUACUGCAUUACUGGAACAGAACCUGCACACAUUGGACAGUCUUAAAGUCUUCAAUGAAAAGAGUCCAGAAGAGGUAUUUAUGGAGAUCAGGCGGCCUUUGGAGUGGCAUUGCAAGCAGAUGGACCAUUUUGUGGGCCUGAAUUUCAAUUCCAACUUCAACUUUGCACUAGUGGGACACCUGAUGAAAGGAUACAGGCAUCCAUCGCCCACCACAGUGGCCAGAACAGUGAGCAUAUUGCACACCUUACUCGCCUUGGUUGGCAAGCACAGAAACUGUGACAAAUUUGAAGUUAACACUCAAAGUGUGGCUUAUCUUGCUGCCUUACUGACCGUUUCGGAGGAGGUGAGGAGUCGGUGCAGUCUGAAACACAGGAAGUCUCUGUUAAUGUCUGACAUUUCCAUGGAGAAUGUGCCAAUGGAUACAUAUUCCAUGCACCAUGCUGACCCAGGCUCCAGGGCUUUACGAGAGAGCCAGCCGUGGGUUUCACCCAAGACUUCAAAUAGAAAUUUGGCUGCUAAUUAUCCAACAAUGGGUCAAAUUAGUCCCAGGACCCGCAAAUCAAUGAGUCUGGACAUGGGGCAACCUUCUCAGGCCAAAUCCAAAAUAAUGCUAGGUACAAGAAAAAGUUUUGACCACUUGAUUUCAGACAGCAAAGCACCAAAGAGACAGGAAAUAGAAUCAGGGAUUAUGACCCCACCCAAAAUGAGACGAGUGGCGGAGCAUGACUUUGAGAUGGAAACGCAGCGAAUAUCCUCGCAGCAGCACCCCCACCUCCGGAAGGUCUCAGUGUCUGAAUCCAAUGUUCUUCUGGAUGAAGAGGUCCUCACUGACACCAAGAUCCAGGCUUUGCUACUUACUGUACUUGCCACAUUGGUGAAACACACUACAGAUGAGUUUGAUCAACGGAUCUUGUAUGAGUAUUUGGCUGAAGCCAGCGUUGUCUUCCCAAAAGUGUUUCCAGUUGUGCACAAUUUACUGGACUCGAAAAUUAAUACCUUGCUGUCACUGUGUCAAGACCCCAACCUGUUAAAUCCAAUCCAUGGGAUUGUGCAGAGUGUAGUGUACCAUGAGGAGUCUCCGCCACAGUAUCAACCAUCAUAUUUGCAAAGUUUUGGUUUCAAUGGACUUUGGAGAUUUGCUGGAUCAUUUUCCAAGCAAACUCAGAUUCCAGACUAUGCAGAGCUGAUUGUGAAGUUCUUGGAUGCGUUAAUUGAUACAUAUUUGCCUGGAAUAGAUGAAGAAUCCGCUGAAGAAUCUCUACGUACUCCAACCUCUCCCUACCCACCACCUGUCCAAAGCCAGCUUAGCAUUACUGCCAACCUGAACCUCUCCAAUUCCAUGACCUCACUGGCAACCACCCAGCAUUCCCCAGGGAUCGAUAAAGAGAAUGUGGAGCUUUCGCCGACAUCAGGACACACCAACAGUGGGCGAACCCGCCAUGGAUCUGCAAGCCAAGUGCAGAAACAGCGCAGUGCUGGCAGCUUCAAGCGUCCCAGCAUAAAGAAGAUCGUGUGAAGUGUUUUGGGACUGACCCAUCAAAUCUUGUUGGACUUUGCUGAGGUGAAGCCCUCCUACCCCUUCCCCACCCUCAAGAAAGAAGCUUCUGUUCCUGCCACAUCAGAUAAUAUGCUGCCUGACGAUCAAUAACAACAACUGAAAAUUGCCCCUGCUACCUUCUUCAUUUCUUCUUUCAUGUCACCAGUGUUUUCUGCAAUGUUUCCAGAAAGUCGUCCUGGUUUGGAGAAUGUACCGUUUCAAAAGGAAAGAAAUAUUUUUAAUUUGCUUACCUGUCAUCUUUGUUUGGGGGUGGGUUUGGGCAAGAGAAAAAGGCACUGAAAAUCUUAUCAACACUGUUAAUAGUUGUCAAAAAUGGAAGCCAUUAAUUGCAGAAAGGAUGGAUCUAACUUAUUUGCCUUUUAUAUAAUAAUGAAAAGUGCUUUGCUGUUUGUGUGCACUUUUCAGCAAUCUACAAAGUGGCUUAAUGGGUAGGAAUUAAUCACAUCCGUUGGUGAUUUUUGCUCUGAGGAGAACUCCCUAUGUUUCACAAAAGAAACCUUUAAACUGUAGGUACAGUAACCAAUCACCAUGUUUAAAGCACAUUUAACACUCUCACGUUAGGUUCAUUGCAGCAAUCAUAGAAACUGUACAUAACCAUUGCAUUUAUUUUACUGAUUCAAAUAACAAAGGCGUUGUCUUUUUUAUAUUUGUUUACAGUCCUGGAAAAACUAUGAAUUUAAAAUAUGAUAUGCAAGAACUUUGCCAAAACAAAUAAUUAUUACAACAAAAAAACUUAGUAUUAAAUUUGUGGUAUUCAGCAAACGUGACUCCUUUAGGGACAAUUGUGUAGCUGCCAUGGUGUUUAAAAAAAAAUGAAACAGCAACAAUAUCUUGUACGAUUAACAACACGUUUCAGUGUGGUCUUAAGAAUGGUGCCCUAGAGACAAUACAGUCAAAUGUUGAUUAACCCAGGGCUAGCUGAGUCUAGCGUCACUGUCCUGGAUUUAGUUUCUGGGUCGGGGUCUGUCUCAUGUGUGCGCACGCACAAACGAUCUACAAAUCAAAGGUGUUUCUCUCAGUCAAUGUUAUGCAACAGACCUUAUCGCAAGAAGUCACUGCUAGUGUUGGCCACAGAUUUUUUUAAACUGCAGUAUGUUAUCUGUAAAUAAUUUUUGUGUAAAAUUGAUAAAGGUAUAUUUACUACACUGUAAAUACAUGUGAUGAUACUGUAUUAUUUUGCUUUUUGUAAAGCAGUUAGUUGCUGUACAUGUAUAACAUAACAAAAUUUGAUUAUUCUAGUGUCAGUAAUGUUAACUUCUCUCUUCCCUUCCGUUGCAUUUUAUGUCAUUAAAGGAGACAAAAGAAAA